AUGGGGGCCACCAAGCGCUGCCUGGUAGUUCAACACGAAAGGUGGCCUGCUCGGUCGGACAGCUUGAUGUCUCCUGGACAGAUUGGAUGCUGGUUGAAGAGACUGCGGAAAGAGUUCACGUUUGGGAGAGUGUUUGCCUGUGUUGCAGGAGGUCCGCAACCGUGCUUAAUUGUUCAACACAAAAGAGUGCCUAGUUGCAAUUUGAAGGAUUGCCUGCGAACGUUAUGCGUCUCAACAUACAUAAUGUGGCUGAACGACUUGCACUCGAAUGAGGGCUACCAAAUGAGUAAAUUUGCCAAGUUUGUACUGGACACAAGAUUUUGCCAACCACACACUGGAAUCAAUAAGUUUUUCUCUGUAACUUCCUUGAACUGGUGGAAUGAUAUUAAAAAAUUUACAAGAUUGGUAUACGCAAGUGAUCCAACGGUGACAGCACAGCAAAACAUUGAUCCCGAUGUUGUACAACAUACUCAUAAUCUUCAUAAAAAUAUUAUUAAAACAGAAUAUUUGAAAAUUAUCGGAGAUACUUUGAUGAAAAAAAUACAUGAUGAUUCGAAAAAAAGGAAGAGAAAAACUAUUCGAACCCGAAAAAAUUUUCAAACUGCAAAAUCCAAUGAUAUAGAAAAUCGAAGAACAGCUGUAUAUAAUGACAGCUAUGAUUUGAAUGCCGAAAUAAAUAAUUUUUUUCAAAGUUCACAUCCGUCCAAUCUGUUCUUUAAGCGAGAUAAUUGCUCCAAAUGUUUUAUGGAGAUUAAUAUCUCCGAACUAUUAAGGUUUUGUUCAUACUGCGGAAGUAAAAUUGUGUUGUCUGAUGACGUUAACGAGCUUGAGAGUGAUGAGGAUGGAUCAGUUAAAUCUGAUUGUGAAGCAGAUGAAAAUAAGGACGAUAAUGAUCUUCCUAAAAUAAACAAAUUGGCUUUUCGCGAAGUACACAAUGCUAUUCCAGAUACUGCGAAGAUGCAUUUGAAGUCGGGAAAGAUAGUAGAGGAUGUUCUUUUCGAUUUCGCCAAAGAUAUGGAGCAUGAACAGGCAUUGUUCACUGAGGCGGAAUGGAAUGAAUUAACUGAAGAUCGAAUUAGAUUUCCAGCUGUUCCGCAUGAAAUUGCGAAAGAGCUGAUGAGAUACAGAAAAACAACAUUAAGCGAGCUUCGUAAUUCUGUUAUGACAUCGUAUUUACAAGAUGGAACAAUUUAUAAUAUCAAUAAGCAUUACGAUCAGGAGUGGAUACAAAUGGCAUUUACUGCUGCUUUUUUCGGGACGUGCAUCGACUUCUGUAUGAGGGAUAUUCAAUUGGGCACGGAUAUUAAGAGGACUGAUGCACCAUCACUAGCUAGUGCCAACAGGAAAAACCGUGGUCGGUCAGGAAACACAAACACCAGGAAAUUGACUGGACGCAAAAUCGAUGGGAUAGUAUAUAUAGUUGACAGACUUAUUGAAGUGGGAGCCAUUGAGGCGGCGAGAUCAUUCUUAGGAGUUUCGGACCAAAAAUAUCUUCUUGAAACAUUCAAGAUGCCAAAAACUCUUCGUGAUAUAUAUGCUGAUCUUGUGAGAACUGCAAAUUACGAAGAUCGAAAAGCUAACAAUAUUCAGGUAUUUGGUAUCUUGCACCUUGGGUUAUGGAUUCAAUUUGCAAGACUGUGGCGUGCUGGUGGUUCAGUUUGUAUUUUUCGGAAAGACCCUGUAUCUCACCAUGUAGAUAGUAAAUUCUCUGAAGAUGGAAUAAAAUCUUUUCUCAAACUUAUGGCAGCGAUAUAUCAACACAAGCUUAUCAUAAGGAAUAACUUACAAACAUUGAAUAUCCGGAAUACAAAUAUUGAGCCAACGGAUGAAGACUUUUUAAAUGAGCUGUUAGAAGUUGGAGAUUAUUCUGCUUCACCAACAUCAAAUAUUUUUUUUGCCGACUCUUGGCCUACCCCAAGAAAAAAGAGAAAGAAUUCAAAGAAAAAGAAUGCAAGAAAAAUGAGAAAGUUGUAA